AUGGAGGUCUGUCUUGCCGUCGAUAGAAAUGCCGCCCUAGAACAUGCAGGAUCCUCCUCCAUACCCGACGGUUUCCACGGUGCAGGCUGGUGUGAAACGCUCCCCUGGUCGCCUGUAGACCCUCUUACGCAUGUUGUUGGUGUACAGGCACACUCGGGUUUCGUCGGAGAACAGGACAUUCCUCCACUGGUCGAAUGUCCACGGCACGUGCAUUUCGUAAAAUCGCUUCGUUUUCGUCCGGUGGAUGGCAGUCAAUUGGGGGCCUGUAGCAGCUCUCCGGGGCAGCAAAUUCUUCUCUCACAGCCUUCUUCUGAUAGUGGAGACGCUGUCAGCUGUCCUUCGAGUAGCUCAAAGCCGCUGCUGCAGCUCCAAAGCGUUGGAGAAGCAGUUCCCCAAAGACGUCGACACAAUGGAGCGAUCACCUCUGACGGUAGUGCAGCGACGUCUCCCGGAUUCAUGUCUCCUGAUGUAACCUCCAGUCUCUUGGAACCGUUGGUAUACCCGUUGCACUCGAAAUCGGCUGAUUUUCAGUUGCCGAGCAACUUCAACCUGCCGUAG